AUGGUGUCACAAGCACUCCUACCAGCAGCUCUAGCCGUGAUGGCUGGCGCGUUGCUACUUUGCGAUGCGGCGGUGGCGGGGCGCAGCACCCACCGUAUGCUGAGCAAGCGCCAGUUGCAGUACCAGUACAUCGCCGACGAGCCGGACCCAAUCAAAGCGGCGGAAGGCAUCCAGCAGAUGCAGUACGUGCCGAACAACAGCUCGGCGCCCAAUCCGGACUGGCUGAUCAUCAAGGACGAUGGCGGAACCUCGAACCCGCCGUGGCUUUCGCAGGUGCCCUUUGUAGCUACGCCGAAUGCCGACAGCCAGCCUGCGCCCAACGGCUCACCCGUGUGGAAGUCCGUGCCGGACUUGGAGGGUUUUACGCUGAACCGAACAUUUAACGUAGUGCCGGGUCUGGUGAUGCCGAUGUACAUCUCGGCGAACUAUCGACCGGGCGAGGACAAUAGCCGUAUCCAGCGCGCGAUCAUCACGAUGCCAGGCAAGCCGCGCGACUCGUGGAAGUACGCCAACCUCUUCCGCAACGCACUCAACGUCGCAGCGUCCAACCCUGCCAACGGCAUUGCUGCGGACCAGGUGAUGAUUGUCGGCCCCGUCUUUCUGAACUCGGACGACAAGGAUGCAGGCGCGGUCAGGGAGGGCGAGAUGUUCUGGCAUGGAUCGCAGUGGCAAUCAGGUCACCGGGCGCGCAACGAACAGCCCCAUACCAACCUCAGCUCUUACCACGUGCUGGACAAUAUCACCGACUGGAUCUUUACCUCGGGUGAGUUCCCCGCCAUCAAGCAGGUGGUGUUUGGCGGACACUCGAUGGGCGGUCAGGCGGUACAGAGGUACUCGGUGCUGAAAAAGACCAAGGCGUACGAUCCGAAUGUGCACUUUUGGAUCGGCAACCCGGGUUCGUGGGUGUGGCUCGACGACCAACGGCCCUACCCCAACGAGACGUGUGUCGGGUGGGACAAGUGGGGUUAUGGUUUGGGCAACGUGUCUGCUGUUGUGCGGUAUGCGCGGCGCGAUGUUAAUGCAAGCCGCGAGGCGGUGGUGGAACGCUUCCGCUCGCGCAAUGUCCACUACGCCGUGGGUCUCGCCGAUACCGGACCCGGUGACACGCACUGCCAAGCCAAGACGCAGGGCGGAAGCCAUCUGGACCGCGGCUCGCAGUUCGUCCUCUCGCUGGGACGCAUGGGCGGGUUUCCGCCGAGUCAUACGUUUGACGUGAUCGCAGGCACGUCGCACCAGGACUACCCCAUGAUCCGAGCCGACAAGUCGGUCAACCGCAUCUUCCUUAGCGAUUUCAACACGAGCGCACCGCUGCUGGCCAACACGACGAAUCCGGGAGACCAUCGACCGCACGAUCCAAACAAGCCGCCCAAACCCGAACCGCCCAAGCUCAAGAUGUUCGCCACACCCAAGCACCGCAUCAUCGCAUCGGGCCUGCUGGGCGGCUCGUUGGCGGGCAUCAUUGCGUUCUUCACAAUCAUGCCGUACGUGUUUACCGAUAACUACGACGAGCGGCGCUACGAGACCGAGAUGUCGAGCCGUCGCAGGCUGCUGGCGUGA